UCCUGUCUCUCUCUCUCUCUCUCUCUCUCUCUCUCUCUCUCCGCAGUGUAGCGGGGUUCCUAAGGAGGGGAGGAUGUGGUGAAAAAAAAAUAAAAACAAAUUUAAGAUGGCGGAGCUGCAGAUGCUGCUGGAGGAGGAGAUCCCCGGCGGCCGGAGGGCUUUGCUGGACAGCUAUACCAACCUGGAGAGAGUGGCUGACUACUGCGAGAACAACUACAUCCAGUCUGCAGAUAAGCAGAGAGCCCUUGAAGAAACCAAAGCCUACACAACACAGUCCUUAGCCAGUGUGGCAUACCUGAUCAACACUUUAGCCAACAAUGUCCUUCAGAUGCUGGAUAUUCAGGCUUCACAGCUACGCAGAAUGGAGUCCUCGAUCAAUCAUAUAUCACAGACUGUGGACAUCCACAAAGAAAAAGUUGCUAGAAGAGAAAUUGGAAUUUUGACAACUAACAAGAACACAUCCAGAACACACAAAAUAAUUGCGCCAGCAAAUUUAGAACGUCCAGUGCGUUACAUUCGAAAACCAAUUGACUAUACAAUUCUUGAUGACACUGGGCAUGGAGUGAAGUGGUUGCUUAGAUUCAAGGUCAGUACACAGAACAUGAAGAUGGGGGGCCUGCCACGUACCACACCACCUACCCAGAAACCACCAAGCCCGCCAAUGUCUGGCAAAGGAACACUUGGGCGACACUCACCCUAUCGCACACUGGAGCCUGUGCGCCCCCCUGUGGUACCCAAUGACUAUGUACCCAGCCCCACACGUAACACGGCUCCCUCACAGCAACAGAGCCCUGUUAGAACAGCUUCAGUCAACCAGAGGAACCGCACAUACAGUAGUAGUGGGAGUAGUGGUGGCAGCCAUCCCAGUAGUCGAAGCAGCAGUCGUGAGAACAGUGGCAGUGGCAGUGUGGGUGUCCCAAUUGCUGUCCCUACCCCAUCUCCUCCAAGUGUCUUUCCAGCCCCUGCUGGCUCAGCUGGCACUCCUCCCAUCCCUGUUACCGCCACACCCGCCCCUGUCCCUCAUACUCCUGCUACCGCCCCUUCCUCCUCAACCACCCCAGACGCUGCUGCAGGAACCCAGCCCCCUGCUGACGGUUUCACUUCUCCAACUCCCCCUGCUGUUUCCUCUGCUCCUUCUUCAGGUCAUCCUGCGCAGUUCUACAGUAUGAACAGGCCAGUGUCUCGGCAUAACCCACCAACAAUAGGAGGAUCUCUCCCCUACAGGCGUCCUCCAUCAAUGACCUCACAACCAAGCCUCCAGAACCAAAUAAAUGGAGGCCCUUUUUACAGCCAAAAUCCAGUGUCCCAUGCUCCACCUCCUCCCUCUAUCCUGCAGGUGACUCCCCAGUUACCUCUAAUGGGAUUUGUGGCUAGAGUUCAAGAAAACAUUUCUGAGACCCCACCUCCACCUCCUCCUGCAGAAGAGCCGGUGUUUGAUGAAUCUCCUCCACCACCACCUCCUCCAGAGGACUAUGAAGAGGAGGAAGCUGCUGUUGUGGAGUACAGUGAUCCAUACGCUGAGGAAGAUCCACCCUGGGCUCCUAGGACUUACUUGGAGAAGGUUGUGGCAAUUUAUGACUACACGAAAGACAAAGAAGAUGAACUCUCCUUUCAAGAAGGAGCCAUCAUAUAUGUCAUUAAGAAGAACGAUGAUGGGUGGUAUGAGGGUGUAAUGAACGGGGUGACAGGGCUCUUUCCAGGCAACUAUGUGGAGUCCAUCAUGCAUUAUUCUGAAUGAUGACCAAAUGAGCCCUGGCAAAAAAAAAAACUUCCAAAACCGGAUUCGUCAAGGGUUUCCCAGAUUUAAAUGAGCCCCUGGGGGGCCAAACGAAAAGACUUAAGAGGAUCGUUGUGAUUGAACCACUCCCACCCCCUCCCCCUAUUUUUCUUUUUCUUACCAUUUAAAGAAAUAGUGAUUCAAGUCGUUUGAACAAAAGUGAUCUUCCUGCUGCUAAGAGUGGCUCUGGGCUCGAGAGGUUUGUUGAAUGGGCACAACAUUGAUAGAUUAAGCAGGGUCUAAUGCAUUAAUAAUCCCUGUCUGAACUUUUCAUCCAUGCUGCCCCCCAAAUUUUAUCCCGCUAUUAAUAGUAUUGAAUGUCGUCUACCAGUACGACUCAAAUUUUACACAUUUUGUUCUUCAGCCCUUGCUGAGCCUCUACCCGAUUCCACAAAGCUGCACAAUUUAAACAAAUUAAUAUUUGCCUGUGGUAGGCUCUUUGUUCUGCCCAUCAUUGUUAUAUUGUAUGCAGAAGUUUCUUGCGCAGUGGUUUUUGCAUUCUUUGCCACAAUGAACACUAAGUAAAAUACUUUAUUAAGGGA